CAUAUCCAGCGAACUUCCGCUCGAGAUUUGGGGUUUGAGGCCAUCGCAGAACGUGUUUGAAGUUCGCACCGAUGACUAAGCCACAUAUGUCCGUGACCCCUCCAACACGACGCGAUGCCACCGACGAUGCAUAACGCGUCCAAAGCUCAAGAACACACCUUGUCCGAUCUCACAUGAAGUGAGUUUGCCAAUCCACUAUGCCGCCAAAGAAGACCUCAACCGCUGGCCGUGGCCGACCUCAGGCGACGAGCAAGAAGCCCUCCAAGGCUGCGGAGCCCGAGUCCAGCAAUCCUUUCGAGUCGUCGGACGAACAAGAUCAGCAGGAAGCUACGCCUUCACGAGAGGUGCACAUGGUGGAGGACGAGGAACCGGAGGCGGACAAGACGAUCCCACGGGACCUGCUGACGCGGCUGCUGCACGAAUUCUUUACCAAGGAUGCGACCCGGAUGUCAAAAGAUGCGAACGCAGCGGCGGGGAAGUACUUUGAUGUCUUUGUGAGGGAAGCCAUUGCGCGAGCAGCAGCCGAGAAGGAGGGUGGGUUCUUGGAGGUGGGUAACUAAACGAGUCUGAGGGACAAUGGAGAGACUGACUUGUUC